GGCGCGCUUGAACUUAUGUGACGUUUUAUAUGUUUAUUUAAGUGUCCUACUGAUUUAAUCGAUUGAUUCAACAAUCGUGUUUAAUUACCUUGCUCACUGCGCACUUCAGCGCUUGUUUUUCUUGCAAAGUCCUGCAGAAUUAGCACAUUUCACGAUCCAGAUUGAAUCUAUGUAAUGCCAGCGACUCACAUUAAAGCACAAAAAGUCGUUGCAGUUCUUGAUAUACGCCACGAGGGGUCAAGGUUUGUCAGUUCGCCUCUCAAAAUGGCGGCUGAACCAGCACGGGAGUGGACCGAUGAGCAGCUAAAAAGUGAUGAUUUGCCCAAAAAAGACAUUAUAAAGUUCAUUCAGGACAAUGCAGCCCACUCGUUCCUCAAUGACCACAAGCUGCUGGGAAACAUAAAAAAUGUCGCCAAAACAGCAAAGAAAGAACAACUGAUCAUUGCCUACAAUCAGCUCUUUGAGAGCAAGAGGUUUAAAGGUACAGAACCAAUAGAAGAAGUGACUGAGCAGGUUAAAGCUGUGAAAAUUGAAGAAAAGCCCAAAGAAGUCAAGACAGAGGUUGUGGAUGAGGGACCGCCUAAGUACACCAAGUCAGUGCUGAAGAAAGGUGACAAGACAAACUUCCCAAAGAAAGGUGACACUGUGAGCUGCUGGUACACUGGUACCUUGGAGGAUGGAACCGUGUUCGACACCAAUAUUCCCGCUGCAGCCAGAAAGAAGAAGCAGGCUAAACCACUGAGCUUCAAGGUUGGCAUGGGCAAAGUCAUCAGAGGAUGGGAUGAGGCCCUUCUAACAAUGAGCAAGGGUGAAACAGCCCGAGUAGAGAUCGAACCAGAGUGGGCUUAUGGAAAGAAAGGUCUCCCUGAGUCCAAAAUUCCACCUAAUGCAAAGCUGAUUUUUGAGGUUGAGCUUGUGUCUGUGGAUUAACUGACAAAUGUUGGCCUGCAUGCAAUACAUUUCAAGGAUGGACAACACACAUUUGAAGGCCUUGCUGUAAAGAUUAAAGUAAAAAUGGCAUUUUGAUUGUGAUGCGCCCAGUUCCCAGGUUCUCUGCACUUUCCCAUUUGUCAUGUUAUUUAAAACAAGCUGGAGUAAGAAAAAACAAUGACCCGUUAUAAUAGCUUUUUUUGUUUGGACAAAAUGGGAUGGCUUGUCAAUAAUGCACAAGAGACUGAGACAUUGUCGUUCUAUGCUUUUGCAUGUACAAUGUUAAUGAUAAAUAAACCCCUUGAUGGUCUUAGUUCAUUCUACAGAAUGAUGAAA